GUUGGACGACGUUGAGGUUGUGCAUUUGUCGACGGUCUCGCUGCUGCACUGACCUCCCACAGUGUCUGCCGUCUGCCAUUUCAACACAUUUACACCAAACAUGACCGACUUCGCUUCGAGGAACUCGCUGUCCAUCUCCACAGACUUCAACAACGGCGGCGGUAGUGGCGGCGGUGAAGCCAAGGACACCACGGCAUCGGCGGACGUGAGCUUCUUCGACAAGGCUGCCAUGAUGAUCGCGACCAAGUUCGCUAAAGAUGGCGACGACGCACCUCACGCCAACCCGACAUGGGGGUCUGUGAUCAAGCGCGACAAGUUUCAAGAUAUGGACCUGCUCGAAAGCGGCAACGCCCGCGAAUACAUCACCGAAGACAGUUUGAGUCCCACCAGUGCCAAAUCGUGGACGUACAGCACAGUCCACCGUAUCAACAAGACCCAGUACAAGAUGUUCUGGAACAACGAUCAGUUCCUUCUCAGCGCCAAGCAGCACAACGGCAUGUUUUACAUUUCCCAGUACGAGCACUUUGGCGAGUCGUCCGCCGACAGCUCGAGCGCCGUGCCCACGUCUCAUUAUUGCGCAGUGCUCAAGCGCACCACCGACAACAGCUUCAAGCUAUACAAUUGUGGUUGCGAAGGGUGCGAUCAAGGGUUUAGCAAGUACACGUGCAGCAACGACCAUGAAACCUCGAGCAACUUUGGAUUCACGGAAGAAGCGGGGGAGGGCGCGGACCGCCAGCUGCUCGCCGACAUUUCGCACUUCACCAAGGUGGUCAGCGGCAUCUCGAGCGAAAUGCGAUGCCUGAGCGUCGUGAUUCCAGCCGUGAUGGAGGACAGUCGGUCGCGGGUGAUCUGGUGUCCGCGCAUGUGCCGCAGCGAUACCCCAUCGGGCGGCACCCCCCGGACGUCGGCCAAGACGGAGCUCGUGACGUCGCCGUCUCCACAUGGAAAGAAGACCAAGUUCACGUUUGAGACCCCCGUGAGCGACCGUGUUAAACUCGUGAGCAAGCUGCCGUCGUGGUGCAGCGAAGUGAACAGCUUGAUCAUGAAGUUCCACGGCGGGCGGAUCCGAGAAGCGUCGGCGAAAAACUUCAUGCUCGUCUUGGACGACGACGACGACAAGGCUGUGUUUCAAUUUGGCAAGUUCUCCAAGUCGAAAUUUAGCCUCGACUUUCGAUACCCCCUUGCCCCCAUCCAAGCAUUUGCCAUCGGCCUCAGCUCGUGCUCGUGGAGUGCCAAGUCCAAACUCAACAACUAGACGCUGUUAUUUACCCUCCGAUCCUCAUGCAUUAGUAAACACAAAGAAACGAUUUCCCACGCACAUAUAUUAUUGACAUAUUCCACCAAGUUGUAUUCGGAACUUGGAGGGGAGAGU